AUGCUGGUCCACAAGUCUGAAGAAGAGACCUGGUACGCCAAGUGGACCCAGGAGCCUAUGGAACAGUAUAUGAUAUUGCAAGGCCAUCGCUAUCUUGUCACAGAGGUGACUAUUUAUAAUGAACUAACGGCAAAGGGACCAGAUGAGUAUGGUAUUGGCAAUAUAACUGAAUUGAAUCCAUUGGACGUUCUCGUGGUUCGAAGGGGUAAUCGAUGUGUCCGAAUUCGUCUCUGCACGGCCUGA